AUGCAAAUAGAAAUCUGUGGAGAUGAUGAGUUAGGAGAUAAAUUAGAUAAACUUGAAACAAAAAUCAAUGAAUUUUCUGAAAAAAUUACAGAAAAUUUGACUGCUGAAAAACAAUAUGAAUUUAUUAAUAAAUGUCUUGAAGAAUAUAUUAAAGACGAUGGAGGAAAAUUUCAAGAUAUUAAACUCACUAGAGAAAAUAUUUUUUAUUUUUUAAAUAACAAUUUUAAUACAUCAAAUAUAGAUCUUUUUCAUACAAAAUAUAAAGAAAUUUAUAUUUUUUUCCUUAAUAAUUUUGAUAUAGAAAAAAAUCCUUACUAUGUUUUUUAUUAUUGUAAAGCAUUUCUUCAUUGGAUAACUAAAGCUUAUCUUAGACAUUUAUAUAAUUUAAAACAUUUAUAA